UUUAACCAGCAUCAAAUGAAAGCUAAUGGCUGCCGAACUGUAAUCUCGAAACAGCUGAUGUGCGUCGUUUGGGGUUUUUAAUUACGAUUAGUGUUUUGUUGAAUAACCUUAAAAUUACUAAUUAGAUGAUACGCUACUUGUGUCAAUAUAUUGUGUGGAUAUCAGGAUGUCACUGACGAUCCAACAAAUCAUUUUGGAUGCUAAAAGACUAGCCGGCCGCCUCAAGGAACGCGAGACCGAAGCGGAUGCUUUGUUGACAGAAACCCAAACGGCGUAUCGACAAAUUUAUACUAUUAAACAGUACAAGGAAGAAGUGGAUACACUUAAUGAGGCAUCUCGAGAGAGGCCAAGAGGUGAACUCAUAGCAAGCAUGGAGAGGGAAUCACGAUUGAUGCGGGAUGUACAAAGGGAGAACGGUGAACUGAGGGCUGCUCUUGAAGAUCACAGGAAAGCACUAGAGCUCAUCAUGUCCAAGUAUAGACAGCACACAGAGAAGAGAAUAUGGGAGUCACGGAUAGAUUUCACAGCCGCAAUUAAUGAAAAACAACAAGAAUUGAUUCGUCAACAGGCAGAGAGAAUCAAUGAGAUGACCAGCGUAAUGUACAAAGCUGUUAAUAUGGACGAGAACGGUGACUCCAGAAAAGAGGAAGAAUUGUACCAAAGGCUUAUUACUGAGAAUAAGGGUCUCAGGGAAAUGCUGAAUCUGUCGAGGCGGUACGGGCCGGAGCGGGUGUGCGCGCCUCCCACCGAGGACAAAGACGUGCAGACGGACGGGCCGCCGCUGCCAGGCGCGUGACGGCCCGCGGCCGCGCCCUGCCGCCUCUGAGCGCCUCCCGCCACCGACACCCGCACACGAACUGUUCCCACGCCGUGUCGCAGUGACUCAUGUACGUAGGUGUGCGGGCGUGCACCGAGGAUGGCCACAGUUCCACUAUACAACUCACACUUACCCCCGCAGGCUAUAUACUUUAUGAACCCGAUAGUUGGACAAACUGUUGUUCAUUGAUAUCCUAGUUCAUGAUUCAUGAAUCACUACUCUACAAAAUUAAAUGCGGAACUGACAAACAGAACCAGAUUAGUCUACGAAAUUAAUUUUUAACAGGAUGACGAAAAACUACUACUAUUGUUAUUUUCUAAGAUUUUUACUAUUGGACUUAUCCUAUUUUGUUUGGAAACACACUUUUUGAGGUUAUUUUUAUCUCAAUUCAAGCCCGUUUUCAAUGAAAAUAAUAAUGGGUUGAUGUAACUAGAUCAAGACAGUACAAUUUAAAAAAAAUGUACUUGAGUUAAAAGAAGACUAUUUUUAUUUUAUUCAAAUACAAGUUAGCCCUUGACUGCAAUGUCACCUGGUGGUAAGUGACAAUGCAGUCUAAGCUGAAAGCGGGCUAACCUGGAAGGGGUAUGGAAGUUUGUAUCAAACCCAUACCCCCUGCUUUGUACUGGUCUGCUUUUGUUUGUUAGUUCCACAAUUCUGGAUCUUUUACGUCUUUCUUCGUUCUACAGAAACAAGACACAGCUGCAUACAACUUAUUUUCACUCUUUUACUUAAAUGCUGAACCAAAUUGCAAUGUUUUUAUAUAGUCUGUCAAAUGUAGUUAGAUACAUAGACAACAAGCUAUAGCUCCAUCUGAGAAAAAUAAGGUUUCAGUGUCAACACUAGAGACUAAAUUACAGCUACUGUGGCAGUACUACUCCUAGGAAACAUUAGAUUUACAGUCUUCAUAAUUGUAUUGAGACAAAUGAUGCUUAGGUACUGUAUUUUAUCAAGAUUUUAAAUUCGAUUAUUUAUGUCAUAUUGAACAUCAAUUAAUCCAAUAAAUUUUACAGAAUUAAUUAAAAAAAUCGCAACUUUUUUUUAAUUCCUGCCAAUUGACUCAACUUAAUAUCCAUAUAGUAAUCAUGCAUACCCGGUAGGUUUUUCUUACACAGAACGCAAUUCGCAAGUAAUUGCGUUUUUUCUUCUGUUUGCGUCGCUGCUGCAAACUAAUUUUCCAAUUACAUAGGAAUUGAAAGGUUUUUUUAGUCUUCUUACGUAAGACAGCUAUCGGCUGAUCAAAGUUUGUAAUCUGCGGGAGCCUUUACUACUCACAGAUUUUGGAUUCUAGGUCUUUUGACAGUGUGUAUCUUUCGUAUGUCUUGUAUAAAAGAUUGUAAGAGACUUACAAUGAAUAAAUAUUAAAGUAAUGUAUUGCAGGACAUCGUUUCUUCAUCAGUUUAAUCAAAUGCGAUGUUACAGGACAAAUCCUUAGAACGUGCAAUGUUGGCACUGCCUAGGCAGAGUUCUGGAAUCCUAACAGAAUGACGUCCUAUCUUUACGCUCUGAAAUAAAAAAUUACCUAAACUGGACACAGGCGGGUCGUUAUUUUAAAUAAUAAAUUAUAACAAUUUGAUUGAUUCACCUUUGGUUGACUUGACAUCCAUUGGCCUAAUACAACCUGCUUAUCUUUUAUACAUAUAAAAAUUAAUUCUACCCAUCUGUUUUUUACCUAUAUUUUAUACAUUAUACAUAUACUGAUUGGGACUUUGUAACAGAUAUCCGGCAUUAGAUCGGCUAGUAAACGAUAAAAUAAGAAAAUAAUCUUAAACCGGUUUAAGGUUAAAUUCUACUGUAAAUGCAAAAAAAUGCGAGGGCGUGAUUUGGAUAUAAUUUAACCGACAUAUAGGAACUCUGCCUAGAGGUUGCUUAUAAAGUCAAUAAUUUCCAGAAGGGUCAACCAAUAACCUCUAUUUACUAUGCACAGAUGUAAUUUCAAACAAAAAUCGUUUUCUAUAAAGCUGUCAACAUUAAUCCAUCAAGUUCUAAGCAUAAGUGAUUUGUGGCCUCCAAAUUUUUCGUUUGGAAAGGCACAUCUAGUGCAUAGUAGUUAGUGUACAUAUAGGUCGUUGGUGUGGUGUCACUCAACAUUAGCACAGAUUGUACUUCUCCCUUAACUGAUAUACAUUAAUAUUAUUUAUACUAUGUAAAUCUACUGGAAUUCAGUAAUUAUAGUAGUAUUAUGAUUAUAUUAUAUGGUUGAACUGAAAAGCUUCAUAAUGAAAAGAUUUAAUGGCUUAUGUGCAGAGAAUGACAUUGGUGUUGCUUACAAUUUAUAAAAUAUAACUUUUAUUCAAUAGUUAAUAUAAUUUUUGAAGUAAAUCGGACAAAUUAGCUUCUACAAGAGGCAGAGCUCAUAAUACCUGUAGUUUGUUGUUUCAAAAGUGUUUAAAAAAAUAUUUACCUACUUACAUGAUGAACAAAGCGUACAAUUUAUAGGCAUUAUUCAUUGAAUAGUGCAUAGAUUUCUAUGGUAUUAUGUAUUACAUUAAUAUUUUUUUUCUCAUAUAGUUAUCUUUCUUUUUUAAUAAUCGAAGGAACUACAGCGUUUAAGAUAAAAACUAAACAACAUUAUUUUUAAAGCAAAAUUUACGUGCAGAAUAAUUAAAUAGAAUAACAUGAUGAUUGUUAUUACUUACUUAAUAAUGACUUAAAUCAUUCCAUCAAAAAUAAAUUAUUGUGACUAACUGGGAGAGUAAUAAAUUAUAAAAAAGUAAGUAAUAUUUUAAGCAAAAUAAUUCAACCUUUUUUAAUAAUAAUCUAUUUUGAGAAAAGUCAAUUCUAAGCACAAAAAAUCAACAUUAUGGACCAUGAUUUUACCACAUAAACUUACUGAUUUUUUAAAGUUAAAAGGCCAUUCAUUUAUUACAUAAGAGCAGACAGUUCUUUUGAUAAGAAUUUUAGAAUUACACAGUUUGGUAUUUUGUUGUAGUGUUUAAAAUUUAUUUUAUUUUAUCAGAUAAAGUCUUAAAUGCAAUAAAUGAAUGGCUUUCAACAUUCAUUAUAAGUAAUAUUUUAAAGUUUAUUGAUCUUUUACAAAUACAAUGCUCGAAUUUUUUUUAGUGUUUUAUCUUUGAAUUUAAUUAAUAAGGUAUUAUUUUGUAAGUUUACUGUUAUUCCAAAAUUAUGUAUAGUAAGUUCUCAUUUCUUUGAAUUUCAUUACCGAAACAUAAUUGCGAAAUGUACUUAUGAAGAUUUUAAGGGAAGAGAAUGGUGGGUAUCAAAAGAUCUAUUUAUUAUAAUAUUAUUAUGAUUUUAAAACGGAACCAAAUUCAAAUGGCGUCAACCAAUUUGACAAGUUUAAAGCAUACUAUCUCCUUUUCAUAGGUACAUGGAUAGAAAAAUACAGGUAGUUUAUAAACGGAAUUUUAUAGUAGGUAUAGUUGUCAUUCUCUGAAUAUUUUUUCUUUUAAAAGCGGAAACAUACCUUUCAGAUCAGAAUCUACCUGCAUGUUAUCAGCAAUUGUCAGAAAAAAAUUGACUUGGCAUGAAAGGCACUCUGUUCAUAUAUUUUAUUACCCUGUAGACUGAACUUGCUGGAUCAGACUUAGGCUUCUGAUUUCUGUUACCAACGUGACAUAGUGUGGAUGGAGUAUUUGUAUAGUGUAUAGUAUCAUGCUAGAUUCUUGGUAACAACCAAUGGUCUAACAUGAAGGCGUAAUUGGCUGAAUUUAUAGUAUGCUUGCUGCAAAUGUAAUUCUAGCCAAUAGGGAGUAAUUGCCAGCCAAUCAAAGGUGAUCGUGAUCGUCAUUCUGAAGAUGUCAAGUUCUGUACCUACCGCUAGUAAAGGUUCAUUCUCGUGUUUUAAGUAUGUUUCCGCUCUAUCCCCCACCCACGACUUUUAGCGAUACAGCGAGCGUAGAAGCUCGUGAAACAAUGUAGGUAUUCUUUCAAUGUAUGUAAUAAACGGUGUCACACUAACAAUACCGUAUCGUAAUUCCAGUAUCGCAGAAUUUCAAGAACGUCCGGAUACAUUGAGAUGUUGUGUAGGUAUAUCAUAAAUACUGACUUUCUCGAUACAGGAUCUUGAUUAUGCGUGUCGCGUGAUAAUAUUAAUAGUGUAACUGACCCAGUUGGCGAUUUAGUAUUGAGUGUAUAGUGCACACUGACCAUCAAAAUGCUUGAAGCAAUUUUUCCCAUUGAUAAGUGAUCACAACUGAAAUAGUAUUCAAAAUAGCCUGCAAGAGAUAAUCCACUUGGAAUUUUCUCUUGUAUGCUAUUUUGAACUCUUAUUUAGUUGUGAUUUAGUUCAUUAUCAAUUUAUCAAUGAAAAUUGCUUGAGCAUUUUGCUGCUAAGUGCACGCUCACCUAGAGACGAAGGUACAACGUCGGGAGUGUAUUCUACCGCCCGAUUGUUUCGUCAGGCAAGCUUUCGUUUACCGUGUGGCUCUAUUGCGCGAAUGUUUUGGGCUUGGGCGAGUUUGACGAAAGUUCAGCAAACGCAAAUCUUCUAGCCAGUUAUCUAUGAUCCGACCGCUUGAAUCUUCAGGUACUGGUUUUUUAUAUAAAAUUAAGUAAGAUAGUAGAAUAGAAGCAGGUUUGCCUGGCAAAAUUUAGCCCCAAUUACCUUUAUUAGCUAAAUGUAUUCUACUUAAGUAAUUAAUUUAUGUUAAAAAUUCUUUCAAAACAUUUAUUACGAUAUAAAGAUAAUAAUAAUUAUUGCGGAUAUAUUUUGCCAGGCACCCUGCUGUAAUCUAUUCUACUAUUUCUACUAUCAUGUACCUACAUUAAAAAAAAUAAGUUUUAUUAAAAAACAAAUACCUGCAGAUUAGCGGAUGGGUCUUAUGCUGAGAUCUGUGUGUAGAGCGUGCUUUGACUUUGCUCAUACUUAAGUUUCAAUUAAAACGAGAUGGAUAUAUGUCAGCGAUAUAACGCUGUCUCGUUUUAAUACUGUUUUAAGUCUAAGCAAAGAUACAGUUCGCUCUAUAGAUCUCAGCCUUAGACUUUAAUUUUCUUUAAUUGCGGGCUAAAUUACCUCAACACGAAUGUUUGGCAAAUGUUUUGCGAAUGUGAAAUUAGGUAUACGAUUGACGCCGGCCCCACCAACGAAUAUUUGCCGAAUGUUCGCCAAUGGAGCGACACCAUUACAGCGCGGUAUAAAAGAACAGUACCUACCUAGUUUAUACUAGGUACUUCUGCAUACACAUCCUUCCACACAGUUUGUUCAGAGUUUUUUUUACUUGAAACCAACUGUAUAUUUGUUUCAUUAAACAAGAAAGGUUGUGGGUUGGGCGUAAUAUUAAUAACUACCUAUGUACAUUUGCAGGGACUGCACUGCACAUUUCCUCAAGUAACAAUAAACUCGUAGUUCAUAUUGAUAAUUAAUAUGCAAUAUUUUUUCAUACGAAAAAAUGCUUUGGAUGUUAGUAAAGUAUUCGUAGGUACGGUAGUUUUUUUGGUAGAGAAUUCGUAAUUUUUCAAUCGUGCUUAGAGCAUGUAAGCAAUAUACUACGGACUGGUUCAUAUAGAUAAAUAAUAUUAUAGUCUAAUAAUAAAAAGUUGUAAUUACACAAGUUAAUAAGGAAAUUGGCCGUCCUUGAUGCUUUGGCGUUGUCUGUGGUAUGCAAAUUUUAUGUAUUUUAAUGUUCAAACUAUCGUAAAUGAUUUCCAUUUUAAGUAUAGAAGAAUGUAACGGUUAUAUUCACGUAUUUAGUCAAUGUAAGUAGUAGCUUAGAACCCAUCCGUCGUCCUUUUUCAUUGGAGCAGAGUCCCUAUGAAAAAGGACCACAGAUGGGUUCGAAACUUAUCGGCUUACAUCGACUAAAUAUGUGAUUAUAGACGUUACAUUCUUUACUUAAAAUCUUAUGUACUUAUAUUGAUUAUUCACAAUAUUACCUAUUGUGCGUCCUUUUAAACAGCCAUUGUUUCAACGAAUCUGAUUGGUUUUUCAUUAGGCUGAAUUUGGCUUAUGCUGAUGUCGCCCACGCGUAGCAAUAGCUAUUAUUCUUGUGUGCAUAAUCUCUAUAAACAGGCAAUUAAUCUCUCAAUUUGGCAGGUCUAAAUCUAGUGCUAUCCUUUUUUGCAGGGAGCAUUAUUAUGAAAGGGAUAGAAAUACAUCUGACAUACAAGUUUGUGUAUAACAGAAUCAGCCACAUUGUGAUUUGUGUGCUAUUAAAGCCACACUGAGUUGUGACACUGGCAGUACGCCCAGUAGAUACGUGCGACAGACAACGUACAGUAGGCGUUAGGUUAAAGAACUCUGACCUCAACCUGUGCAGUGGGCGAUUUGUCUAUCCAUAUAGUGGUAACAAGUGACGCGUGAUUGCGGGGUAGCCAGUACCGUUAUGGAUCUUUCGUUUCACGGACUGUAGAAAAAUUCAUUAGGUGUUCCCGCGAAGACAUCCCCUCCACUUGUCGUCCAGAACUCUUUUUACCCGACGCCAACUGCAACUGCUGCCAAAUAACUGUCAAAUAUUAUUGAGAAUUUUGUAUGAAGUAAAUGCAAGACUCAUGUCCGAGGACCCAUGGCGAGGGCGAAAUUGUUCGGACAUACAGCGACCAAAACAUUAUAUACCUAAGAAAGCCGCUUCCUUAUUCACAAACAUGAAUAACACUCACAACAGUUGUUAUAACACUUUGUUUCUACCAAAAAGUUUUGUAAUGAAAAUUAUACCUAUAUAAUAUUUACUUUCCUUAAUUAUUGUUACAUAAUGUUAAUCUAUUAUUCUCUUGCUCUAUACACACAGAGUAUAUAGACACGUAAAAAGAGUAAGCACAACCUAAGCACCACCUUACUAUAAAGGUACUUUCAAAAGAGUGAAUAGUUUAAAAAAGCAAUGAGAACAUUUUUUUUAGUUGUAAUAAGUAUCUGGUAUAGCUACCUAUGUAAAAUUAAAGUUAAAUCACCUAUGUAAUUUAACAAUAGCAUUUUAAAUCCUGAGUUAUUGAAGCAAAAUUAAUGAAAAAUAUUGUUACUAUAUUGAAAAGUUUUACAAUUUAUUGUUAUUAUUUAGGCAGAAUGUUGUGACUCAUAUAUUAUACAGCAUUGUAGCAGUUUAUUGUAACCAUCAACAUAUUAUACUUAUGCAGCAGGCUACAUCUAAUGCUGGUUCCAGAGUA